GUUUUGGUUUCCUCAUCAUUUUGUUGUACCGCUCCGUUGCGCCUCUCUCUCUCUCCUUCCCUUCCUCUCUCUAGCGGCGGAGUUACAUUGUCGGCCACCGAGGAAACCGGCGACAGUGGAUCGUGACUCAUCUCGUUUCUCACACCCCGGAUCCGGUGAUUUAAGGCGCGUUUUGAUGCUUUUCGAGUAACGGAGUUAUCGAUUUAGUGAUCGUUUAUGGAACGGGGUGGUGGUUCCGGUGCUGCGAAUACUUCUCUGAUUUUGAAGGAGAAGAGCGAUGGGGUUGCUAGGACUGUGUCUUCUACUGGAACUAGACAGAAGAGAUCCAGAAUGAUUGUUAGUGAUUCCGAAUCAAGUGAUGAGUUUAUGAAACCACCUCCACGUACAAGUGGCCUUGAUCGCAAAACCCUUGGGGCAAAAGAAAAGUUUGUUGGGAAGAGGGAUCGAAAUGGGUAUGUGAGGAGGAACAACGAGGCGUCAGGAAGUUUUAUGAGGAGGGACAAGUUAGAUGUUUUUGAGUUUGAUGAAUACGAUGGGUUUGAUAGCGCCAAUUUGAUGAGAAAACGUUUUGAUAAUGGCAGUGUUGGUGUUAGCGGAAGAAGCUCUUUUGCAUCCAGAAGGGUUGAUAGUAGUGUGGGAAGGUCUGGAUCAGGCAGGGACCGUCUAUUUGAUAGGAGGAGGAGACACACAUUUGUAAAUGGCACAGGUAGUACGAGCUCACAGGAGGAUUCGAGUAGUGAAUCUGAUUCUGAUGAACAAAUGAGGGUGCAAGGGAGAAACGGUGUUCUGAAGGUGAAGUCUGAUGAACAAACGAGGGUGCAAGGGAGAAACGGUGUUCUGAAGGUGAAGGUCAACAAUAAGACAAGCACUCUUGCUGCUUCAAUCCACCACCAGGACGCAGAAAUAUAUGAGAGACCGCUCUCCUCUAGGAAGGCUCAAAGGCGUGAGAAUGUUGUAGUUAAACCAACCUUUAGGAAAUCAAAUAAUGUGGAGAGUAAUUCAGAGUCAGAAGGGAGCGACGUGCCGAGGAAAUCAGAGUAUAGUAAACCCAAAAAGGAGAUCAAUACCAAAUCAAAAUCAAACUUUCCUGAAUCGGUGAAACCUGACGUGAGAGAGGAAAGAAGAGGAAGGCGUGGUGGUGGAACAGAGAAGCAAAGAUUACGUGAGCGAAUUAAGGGAAUGCUUACUGAUGCAGGAUGGACGAUAGACUAUAAACCUAGGAGGAACCAAAGUUAUUUGGAUGCUGUAUAUGUAAACCCCUCAGGAACAGCAUAUUGGUCAAUAAUUAAAGCAUAUGAUGCACUUUUAAAGCAGUUAAAAGACGAGGGAGUUGAUGCCAGGCCUAGGAAAGAUACUGCUGCAGUUGCUUCAGUAUCGGAGGAUAUUGUGAACAAGUUAGCAAGGAAGGCAAAGAAGACCCGUACUGAGAUGACGAAGAAAUGGAAAAAAAAUUCCAGUGGUAGUGAUAGUGAAAACAAAAGUGAUGGAGGAGCCUACACUGAUACCUCUGAAGAGAGGAUACGUUCAUCCAUAAAGCUGGGUGGGAAAUCGACCAAAAAGGGAAGAAAUGGAAUUGAUUGGGAUGAGUUACACACAAAGAGUAAAAGAUCAUUAUAUUAUAAAAGUGCAAGGCCAUCCUCUGGAUCCGAUUCACAUUAUCUACAUGGACGAAAAAGCAAAAAAAUUGGAAGAUGUACUUUGUUGGUGCGUAGUUCUAAGGAUAAAAAGAAUCCAGCGAUUGACGGGUUCAAUCCAUACUCUGGAAAACGGACAUUGCUCUCUUGGUUGAUUGAAUCUGGAGUUGUUCAACUCAGACAAAAGGUGCAAUACAUGAAGCGUCGAGGUGCAAAGGUGAUGCUGGAGGGAUGGAUAACAAGAGAGGGGAUUCAUUGUGAUUGCUGCAGUAAAAUUCUCACAGUCUCCAGGUUUGAGAUUCAUGCUGGGAGCAAGGCAUGUCAGCCUUUCCAAAAUAUUUAUCUGGAAUCUGGCGCUUCUCUUCUUCAAUGCCAAGUCAGAGCGUGGAAUAUGCAGAAAGAUGCUACGAAUGUUGGUCUCCAUCAAGUGGACACUGACGGGGAUGAUCCAAAUGAUGAUGCUUGUGGUAUCUGCGGAGAUGGUGGAGAUUUGAUUUGCUGUGAUGGUUGUCCAUCAACAUAUCAUCAAACCUGCCUAGGUAUGCAGGUGCUUCCUUCGGGUGAUUGGCAUUGUCCAAAUUGCACAUGCAAGUUUUGUGAUGCAGCUGUGGCUUCUGGUGGCAAGGACGGAAAUUUUUUAUCAUUACUUUCCUGCAGCAUGUGUGAGAGAAGAUAUCACCAAUUAUGCCUGAGUGAUGAAGCUCAGAAGGUUCAAUCUUUUGGUUCAGCUUCUUCAUUUUGUGGGCCUAAGUGCUUAGAGCUCUUCGAAAAGUUACAGAAGUAUCUUGGUGUCAAAAAUGAAAUAGAAGGUGGCUACUCGUGGUCUCUUAUACAUAGGGUGGACACUGAUUCAGAUAUAAAUUCUCAAUUGUCGGCACAAAGGAUCGAAAAUAAUUCAAAGCUAGCUGUAGGGCUGGCUAUCAUGGAUGAAUGCUUUUUGCCCAUAGUUGACAGAAGGAGUGGGGUAAAUCUGAUUCGCAAUGUCCUUUAUAAUUGUGGAUCCAAUUUCAACCGGAUAAAUUAUACUGGCUUCUACACUGCUAUCCUAGAGAGAGGAGAUGAAAUUAUAUCUGCGGCAUCUCUCAGGUUCCAUGGUACGCAAUUGGCGGAGAUGCCAUUUAUUGGAACCAGGCACAUAUACAGGCGUCAAGGAAUGUGUCGUCGCCUUUUUGAUGCGAUUGAAUCGGCUAUGCGUUCUCUCAAGGUUGAGAAAUUGGUUAUCCCUGCCAUUCCAGACUUCUUGCAUGCAUGGACUGGUAACUUUGGAUUCACUCCUCUUGAUGACUCAGUUAGAAAAGAGAUGAGGUCCCUGAACACAUUGGUAUUCCCUGGAAUAGACAUGUUACAGAAACCGCUGCUCCAUAAAGAAAACAUUAUAGCUCCUGCAGCUGCAGGUGAUGCCAUGAUUUCAGAGAUAGAGACAGAAAAGAAAUCAGAAGUUGCCUCUUCUGUUGAAAUUGGUCCAUACUCCGUUGAGGGUACUGAAUGUGUCGAUGGUGCUGCAAACUGCUACAAGGAUAUUCUUGCUUCUGAUGAAGACAAUAUUCUGGUACCAGUUGAAACAGCCAUGGGCACGAUUUCCAAGUCGGAGGAUGAGUUGAGUAGACAUUUUCGCGCUGAAGAAUGUGGCAUUAGCUCUUCUUCUUGUCAGAUCACAUUAAAGUCUGGCACUAAGCACGUAUUAGGCCAUAUAUGUGAUGAUACAGGAUCAUCAUGUGAAGAUGGCCUUACGGAUGUGAAUGUCGAAGCUGAUGCUAGCUUACUCUCUCAGGAAAUCCAACAAGCAUCAGCUAAUUUUCAGGUUGAAAACAACCUCUCUUUAUCUAUUUCUGGUAGAGGAUCAUCAGAUUUGAGCUCUAUCUCCCAAGAAGCCAAGAGUGAACAUACAUCUUCGAAAUUAGACGGGUUUCCUUCAUGUAAAGACUAUAACAUACUCGGUCCUGGUGCUAAGUUGGAUAAGUCGAAAGAUGAUGCAUUCGCGGAUGGUUUUCUUUUGUGAGGGGAAAAACCCUUGUUCUCGGGAUGAAAAUCUGAGCUCUUCAUUGAAGUUUCAGACCUGUUCUCCUAGAGGAGGUAUAACUAUAACAUCUCCCUGGAUUUGUUUUGACAUUUGGAUUGUCAUAACUUUCAAGCUGCAUUAUCCAGCAGUCGAGAUUCAGUUUCAUAUAUCCCAUAAGAGAUUUGUGAUGAAGGUAUAUGCUUUAUGCUGUAUUACACCCCCCCUUUGAGCUGCUAAUGAUACUGUAGAGUGGAAAAGCUUGUGAUAAUAUACUGUGGAAUUACAAUAUCUUUCAAGCCUGAGUGAUCUCAUAUUCAGCUCGAUUAGUGUGGAAAGAGUCCUGUUGUUGUUAUCUUUACUUGUAUUUAUUAUUCACCCAGAUUCAGGGUUUUACAACAUUGUAUUCUAUGAAGUUCCAGUAAUAUAUUUGGAGCCAUUCUAGUUUUGCA